UGGUGCUGACAAUUCCUUCCGAGGCUUUAAAAAGCCUUUGGGCUGUGAGAGGCGGUAGAAAGCAGAGCAGAGGCUGUUUUGAAAUCCUUGCUGGAGAAUUAGAAAAAAAAUAAAUAAACCAAGCCGAAACCACGAGCUCGAUCUCCUCCAAUGAAAGAGGUACCACAGGGUGUAGGCAGGUUGCCAGGCGAGCUCGGCAGCGUGACCGCACUGCAUUGAGUUUCUUUAAUGAAAGCCAGGAAAGAACACAUUACACAGUGUUUCUUCUGAGAGCCAGCGAGCCUCCAGUGAUUGAAAUCAAUAAAAACAGUCGGCAAGGGGCCCAGUGGGGGAAGAGAGAAAUCUCCACUACAGCAUUCAGUUUGCUUUCCACUUUCUCCCUCCCCCUCCGAAGUUAAACUCCGGAGAUCACCAUGACGAGCUGCUCCGCCUGAAGACGCUGCUGCGGGCUCAGAGCUCCCUGCCCGCCUUCGCUCUGCCCCCAGCGCCAAGGAAAUGAAAGGCUUGCUUGGAAUCUGAAUCCCGCCUGGAAAAAAACUUCACCGGACAAGUGCAUCGCUCGGCACUUCAGGAAAAGGGAUGGGUUUUACGGGCAGAGAAUGCUAAAAGGUGAGAGGGGGGAGAGAAGCAGCGAUCCGAUGCUGGAUGUAGGAUGUCCAAGCCGGGCACCGCUGGAGCUGCGGGCAGGACUGCGAGCGAGAGCCUGAGAGCAUCCUCAGCCUGAGCACAGCCAGUGGAUCCAUCUCAGACUGACAUUCUCCUGGGCUGCACCUCAUAAAAGCUGGUAACCAACAAAGAAGACACAAAAGCUAAAAUCACUAUGUGGAGCUGUGAAGCCUUAAUCAACAGUACUGAGAACAGUGAGGACCAGCAUCUCUGCCAUGACUUCGACCUUGUGCUUUCCAUCUUUUCCCUUCUCUACCUCAUUAUAUGUUUCCCAAUUGGCCUUUGUUACAAUGGCCUGCUGGUCCUAGUUAACCUCUACAACAAAGCUACUAUGACUAUGCCAGAUGUUUACUUUGUCAACAUUGCCAUUGCCGGUCUCAUCAUCAACACUCUGGCACCAAUGUACCUGCUGGGUCUUGCCAAUACAAAAUGGGCCAUCUGGAAUUCCAGCAAUGAAGUUUAUAUUACCUUCCUUAUUUUAUUCAACGUCUCAUCGUUAGUUACCAUGUACUCUACCACACUGCUCAGCCUGGACUACUACAUCGAACGUGCCCUGCCCAGGACUUACAUGUCCAGUGUGUACAACACCAAACACGUCUGCGGCUUCAUCUGGGGCGGCGCCAUGCUCACGAGCUUCUCCUCUCUCCUGUUCUACGUCUGCAACCACGUAUCCACCAAAAUAAUCGAGUGUUCCAAGAUGCAGAACCAGGAGGCGGCAGAUGCCAUCAUGGUGUUCAUCGGGUACGUGGUACCCGCCGUCGCCGUUCUCUACGCGCUGACGCUGAUCCUGCGCAUCCGCAAGGAGGCCACGCCGCUGGAUCAGGACACGGGGCGCCUGGACCCAUCGGUGCACAGGCUGCUGAUUGCCACAGUCUGCACACAGUUCACCCUGUGGACACCCUAUUAUGUUAUUCUCUUGGUAAGCACGUUUACUAACCUACGAGGAAGAAUUCCAGAUGUGAAUUCCAUUCAAAUAUUACACUUCGCCACGAUUUUGUCAAAAUUCCUGGCUUUCUCCAGCAGCUUUGUCAUGCCUCUGCUCUACAGAUACAUUAACAAAAACUUUCCCAACAAAUUACGACGUUUGCUUAAAAAGAUACACUGUGGGAACCAGGGGUGUUCUCACGAGCGCACAGUCGUACAGCAGGUCAUGACAUAGGUGUGACACAACCCCUGGUGCUCUGCCUGCAGCACUGGGUGCUCAGUGCUGGGACUGUGACGCUGCUGUGCUGGCACUCAGAGACAUUUGGGAGUCCCAACCAAGUGGCUGGAAGGAGCUUCCAUUGCAGUUGAAUGCAAGAGUCUUAAUUUUCCAGUAGUUGUUUGCUGAAGUGGUGUGAGGCUCUGGGCUAUGUGCUGCAUUACCUGUGACAUCAGAUACCUUCAGUGCACUGAACUGGUGACAAAGGAUAAACUCUGUUUUCAUGGCUCUGAUCUUCCUGUCUGAAGAAAUCACUAGGCAGUUUAUUGAAGUCUUGACUGAAGACACAGCACCUUGUAUCUUGUAUAGAAAAAGGUAUUACCUUGUUUUCUGUACAAAGAAGUGAUAGUGCUAUCGUUGAUGAAGUAAAUAGCAUAUUUCAAUGAAGAUUAUAUAGAUGAUCUUUACUGAAGAUCAUAUUACUCAAUUAUACAUGUCCAAAUAGUAAAUGUUAAUUUUAAAUUAAAUUAUUUAAUUUCUUUCUCCAUCACUGAAUCCCCUCUAAAAGAAGCCUAAUUUACUUUUUUCAGAAAUUAUUUUCUCACACAAACUAACCUGUUUUAAUGUUUAUGGUAAACUGAUUUUUCUUUUAGCUACAACAAAUAACAAAAAUGUGUUUUAAUUUUCCAGUGCUUUGUUUGUAUCCUAAAACAUUUCAGGAAUUCAGAAAUAUUUAUUAACUAAUUCUGAUGGAACUUAGAGAUGUUUGUUCCACAUACUAAAAUGAAGGACACAGUGGUUUACAAAGUUAAAUCAGAAUUUAACUAGUAAAGACUGUCUGGCUAAGUGUUACGGUCCACAUAUGUUCAUGUAACAAGAGUAAUUGUCUUAAAAAAUAAAUAUGUUUAUGAUUAACAUUUUGUAUUUUCAAGGGAUGUGUUUGGAACAAAUAAAUUAAAUUCUCUUUAAUCUAUGACAUCACUGGAGGUUGGAAAACAUGUAAAAUUCCUCAGUAUAGGAAUCCCAGUCAGCAACAGCUCUUUGCUGACCUCUCAAAAAAGCCUUUUAUUGGGAUUCUUGGAUACAUAGUGAAGUCCAGUUUCACAGCAGGGAUUAAUAAAUCCAAUCCAGAUCACCCAAUUUUACUGAUUAUAUGAAAUAAGUGAGAAACAGACAUUCUGCAGGAAGCACAGGAACAGUUACAACAAUAAACUACAGAGCACUGACCCAAAAACUACCUGUUCUCGUGCUGCUGUUGCACUAGUGACACGAGGGGACAGGAGGGGGGUACAAGUGAGGCUGAUAUUCUCUCACUGCUGUGGGGCCACAAGAACACUUUUGUCACUUGAUACAUUCUACAGCAUCAUUGUAUUGCUUAAUGCGUCCCAGCACAAUUCAGAUUCCACAUGACAUCAAAAAAAUGUGACUUUUCAUCCUUCUGGUGUAGAAAAAGAACAUGAAGUGAGACCAGAACUGAACCUUUCCCAUUGCUUAGAGCACAGUCUUGUCUGAUAACUGGCCCUGGUCUGUCAGCAGAGACACAUACUAAAGUUCUGUGUGAAAGGCAGGUGAGGAACAGACCUGUCAGAUCUUUUCCCAUCAAGCAAUUUCUUCCCACAGCUAUAUUUGCUUAUCUUCUUUAUAUACAAGCAUCUCUAAGUUAUCAACAUCCUGGUGAAAGACUUUCCAUUAACCUUUACUUUUUUUAAGAACCUUUCAUAUCUUACUGAAUAUUUUUAACCCUUGAAGCCUACAGAGUAAAUAAUCUAUUUCUGUGGUGUUUUCAGUUUUAGCCUUUGAUGAAACCCGUGAUAAGGACUGAAGCUGUUCCUUAUUGCUGUGUCCAUCUCACACACUCAUUUACAGUGCCUCUAUGCUGGCAUACAUGAUACUGGCUGUUUUCUUGGUUUUGCCCACCUUGAGAGAUUUUCUAUGAAUUUCUACACAUCUUGAGAAUUCAAGCUCACUUCCACACAGAAGUGCUUAGGAAGAAAAUCUUUCCUUACAGCUGUCAAGCAAUCAGACUCCAUCUUCCCAUCUGAGGAAAAUUCUGUUUCUUAAUGCAUCACAUUAAAUCUCUCACAUAAAAUCUGUUAGAGAAAUUCUGUGCCAUUAUGCAGGAGGAGUUCCAGCAGGGAGGAACUGGCUUAUCUGGUGUGAAUAGAGGCUUUCAGAACUGGGACACUGCCAGAACAGGCAAUUUUAAGUGCAAUUUCAGCUUCCAUGUUGCUUCCUUAUUUCCAUUUUCUCCUUCUCUUAAGACAUCUUAUUUUCUGUCUAAAAGAACUGUUGCCUUUAUUUCUGUUCCUUUCUCUCUCAGUUAAAUUCUCAGUUUCAGAUCAUGGCUCUUACAUAAUUUCUCUUUAUUGUUUUUCACUUCUCUGCACAAAUUAUUUAACUUUCAUUUCCCUCCCAUCCCUGCUUGUCUUGCACACCUGGUACCAUUCAGUACUCAUGUCUAUUUUAUCACACUGACUCCUUUAUGAUAGUCCAAAUCUUACUCAGUGAGUCAAGGUUACAAAUAAAUUUAGGCAGCAAAAUGGAAGCUGCUGUUUAAGAGAUGUAAAAUUAUUUUUAUGGAAUUUACCCAUGGGGUAUCCAAUCUGAUUUUUUUCCUAAUCUUUUUUACUGCAACAGAGCUACGGAUGUUUGUUUGUACCCUUGAUAAACACUAAAUGUGAUGGCAAUCAUAGAUACAACAUGGAUAAUUUAAUGACCAAGACUGCUAUCCACUCAACCUCUUUGACCAGUUAAUUUGAUGUAUUAGUUGUCUCAAAGAAACUGUGGAUCUGCCUGGCUGCUGUUCUCCUAAGGAAAUUCUGAACUUUACUGCAGCACCCUCACCUGGCAUCUCUUAAAAAGCAGUAUCCCAAAAAGAGAGAGCUUUUCAGUAUUUCUGUAAAGAACAGCAGAGGAGCAAGUGAGUAAAAUACUUAGGGAAAUACAAAGUAUCAUAAACUAGGAAAAACUUUUAUACACAAAGUUCUCGAGAAUGGGGCCUUUCCAUUUCAAAUACCUGAAGGGUUCUGGUGCCUGUAAAUAGGGGUUUAUCUAUUACACAUUUAAAUAGAUAUGAAUAAAAUACUGUAUAUAUGCAAGAUAAAAAUCAGCCUACUGAUGUAAAAAGAAUCUGCAAAGAGUUUAUUAAAUUAUUUCUAAAAGUGUAUCAUUUAAAUGAAGACCUCUGAACAGGAAGGUGUACUGUAUGCUUCUGUAUGUAUAUAAUGUGUACUAGAAAAUAAGCACUAGUGAAGUGCCAUUAUUAACAGUGUUAUUUUCUCACAAAAUUAAACUUAAUAUUUGAAUUGAUCUAUGGCUUAAGCCCUCUUGCUGAACUGCUAAUUAAUUCAAAUCAAUGAACUAACAAAAAUGUCAUGCUCUGCUUCUGAGUUAUUAACACAGCUAGUUCAAGACAGGUCCUUGUUGACCAACUCAGUAGAGGUCCUAGUUUCAAAAGUUUACAUUUCAGAAUCAAAUUUUGUUGGUCUCUGAAGAUUUAAUUUCAGUUAAUGAAAGAAGGUGAUCAGUCACUAGAAGAUUCCUGGUUCUAUUACAAUGAAGAGAUGUGGACUCCAAUAUCAUGUCAGAAAUGGACUUUCUGGAAAGCUUCAUAAAGGAAGUAAUGACUCAUAAUACAUUCUCAAUAAAAAGUGUUCAAGUGUA